CCCGCCGCGCUUUUUGACUUGCCAACCCCCGCCUGCUCCGGAAGCAAAGAAUCGUAAGGGCAUCGCCAUAACCAGAGCGACACCAUCAUGGCUUGGGGAAAACAAAAGGAGCAGUCUCCACCGUCGACGAUAGGGUCAGUCUAUCCUCCCUCUCAUUUCUAUCGCCCCUCUGCAAAUGCGGUCACGGAGCUGAUACCCAAAAAAUACAGGCAGGUCCUGCCACUGAUUAUCACGCUCGUUAUCCUGGGCGCGGUGGCGUGGGUCUGCUACCUGAUAUACCUGUCGCUUGGCAAGAUCCAGGCGCAGGCCCGCAAGCAGAUGGGUGAGAACAUAACGAUCACGAAGGACGGCAUGCGCGUCAAUGUCCAGGGCAUCGAGGCCGAGUCGUACCUGGACAGGACGCAGAACUGGGUCGUUAAGGCCUGGGAGUUGGGCUCUGGCUCGAAUCCUAACGAGCAUGAGGAGGCUACGAAGCGGAAGAGGUUUGCUCCGGGUAUUCAUCACCUGGCUUCGGCGUGGCUAACUUGGUGAGCAGGAACGUCCUGGCAAAACCGAAAAACGGGGAGAUGCAACACCAUCGCUGAGUAGGCACGCUGGAGCAGCGAGAUUACGGAGCGGCGCCAAACGCCUCCGCCGACUGGCCGGCCU